GGAAUAAGGGACCUCUGUUGCUUCUGAACCCUUCGGAAGAGAAAUGAAAGCGGAAGAGCGUAGAAUUUUAAUCGAUAGGAAAUUACUUCCACGAAUUGAUAGAAUUUCAAAGGUCAGUUCUCAGUUGGCACCGGUGACGACAAUGUCGACGGAAUUGUACUUCUUCCCAUCGCCUCCGUAUAGUGACGAUUUGCGUUCGCCAAGCCCGGUUGCGAAAGCUAGACCAUCAUGUCCGCAAUACAUUCCGCUAACCUCGUUGGAGUACGUUCGAAGUUUAACCUACUCGCCGCGGGUCAAUAUUAGUGUGGAGACAUACGAUCGGAUUGCCACCCCAAACUGGAUCCACCAAAGGAGCCCUGCCAGAGGGCCAUCGUCGUCUUCGUUGUCAGGGGAGAAGCCAAAAAAGUCCAGCAAAAGAAAAGUGAUCCCACCGGUGAUACGAAGGAAGCGACGCCUGGCGGCCAAUGCUCGCGAACGGAAGCGGAUGCACGCGUUGAAUGAGGCGUUCGAUCGGCUACGACAAUAUUUGCCCACGAUUGGCAACGAUCGGCAACUAUCGAAACACGAGACGCUCCAAAUGGCCCAGAGCUACAUCACCGCUCUGAGCGAACUGCUCAAGUAGGCGGGUGUGAAUAGAAUAUUUAGUUUUUCUUUAGUGAUUAGGCUGAAUUAGCAUAACAAUCCGCACGAGGAGGUAGCCGUUAUUGGGCUUCAGGUUCUGCACUGAGUUCGAUGGUUGGAAGUCAAAGAGCACCAAAGAGAGAAAUAAAUGUUAAGUUGUUGAACAUCGGA